UUGCCCUACUACUGCGAGAUUAAUUUUGUCGUCAGGUUAAACUGGCCUAUUUGAGAAGCACGACAUGGAUCGAUCCAAGCCACGUCCACGCCAGCCUCCAGGAUCAGCAAGAUCAGCAACCUCUGGACCAGUUGUCGCCCGGGCGGCCGACUCCGCCGCGGAGGUGCUGCGCUGGCUCAAUCCCACGCAGCCGCCGCCGGGGCGGCCGCACUUCCUACCGUGCUGCCCCUGCCGCAGCGCGCUGGACGACCUCGCCUGCACGCCUCGCUGGUGCUUCUCGUACCGCUACCUGGACUGGCUGCUCACCAUCUCCGUCGUGCUCAUAGCCACCUGGUCGGCGCUGCUUUUCAGCGUCGGGCCCGACUUGUGAGUCGCUGUUUAUUUUG